GUGCUUCAGGCUUACAUAUAUAUAAAUAAAUAAAUGCCGAUAGCUAGGGUUUCAGAAGAGAAUAGAGAGUGCUCUGAACUUAGUUUUUGCCAGUAGGAAAAUGGCUCCAGCGGCGAAGAGUGGUUUAGCCGUCGGUUUGAACAAAGGGCAUAUCGUCACGAAGCGCGAUUUGCCGGCUCGUCCGUCCGACAGAAAGGGGAAAACGAGCAAGAGGGUGCAUUUGGUCAGGAACCUGAUCAGGGAAGUUGCUGGAUUCGCACCGUACGAGAAGAGAAUCACGGAGCUUUUGAAGGUCGGGAAAGACAAGAGGGCGCUGAAGCUGGCGAAGAGAAAGCUCGGAACCCACAAGAGGGCCAAGAAGAAGAGAGAGGAGAUGUCCACCGCACUCCGCAAGAUGAGGGUCUGGAGGUGCAGGCGAAAAGAAGAAGUGAGAGAGGGUUUUGAACAUCAUCAUCUUUCCUAGUUUAUUUCGGUGCUAAACAAGAUUGACAAAUGAAAGAUUAUUGUUUUAUGAAUAGUAGACAGAUUGAAGAGUUGGCACUACAUGAUUGGAUCUUGCUCACGAUUGUUUAAGCGUAGGAAAGAUCCAGAUUGGAUGCGGCAUCUCACUAUCCGGAGCUUUGCUAAGAACAUGGUGGGUGCGGAAUUUCUUACCCUUGAAUCUCUUAUUCUUGAUGUUGAACUUGCCGAUAUCAUCCUGGUCGUAGUUAUGGGCAACAUCCUCGUGGUCUUCGGUAUAGU